UGGGAGGUGUAGGCAGAUGAGUAAACUAGUGCUUGUAAGCAAGUGGGUGUGGUUAUAAGAAUUUAUACAAAUUCACCCAAUAUUUUUGUAAAGAUUUUUAAAAAACAAAAGAAGACUUAAACACUGCCAAAAUGACAAUCGUACAGUCGUGUUGGUCGCCGAUUAUCUGGACCAACAAUAUUAAAUCUGGCAGUAAGGCAAUUGCCUGUUACACGGUGGCUAUCAGUGCAAUUAUGAUCACCUUUAUAUGCUAUCAAAUGCUUGGAGGUGAUUCUACACAACUUUAUAACCCUCUUUUUGAAGCAGAUAUACGAGGAUCAAUGCAGUGGGUAGGUGGAUUCUUGAUAUUCUACUUUGUGGCGCUCAUAUUCUCCGCUUCUUCAAUGGUAUUUGGCAUCAACGUAGGUGUCAGGGGAUUUCUGUUACCAUGGCUCAUAUGCUGGUUCUUUGCCUUCCUAUUCCAAUUUUGCUUCGGUCUGUGGCUCUUAGGCGGUUACUAUAUUUAUCUUGAGGUCGUUGUCCCUACAAUGAUUCUUUGGCUGUGGGGUGCAUAUAACCUCUACUGCUGGUUAUGCGUACUCUCUGUCUACAAACUAUUCGAACAACUCCAGUCUCCGAAUAUCGAAUUACUCUGGCCUUAAAGGAGCGUGCCUGAUGAUAACAUAAUUUUAGUUUCGUAUCCUAACUUUUAUACCUGACGACAAUGCAAAUUGCUUGAUAGAUCUUUCAUAUACAUUUUUUAUUCUUAUUUCUGUAUCGAUUGAAAUGACCAAAGACUGAAAAUGGCCUUGCAGAAGAGCCAUCCGUCCACAGGUGGUCAUUUUGGUGUUCACGUUAGAGUUAACAAGUGCGAAGGGGUUUGAGAUUUACUCCAUAUAUGUAGCUUACGGAUCUGUAAUAUUUUGUAAUUAUAUUUUUCAUAUUUAUAGAAAUAAGAGAUACAUUAUCCGAUCGGUAGUUUUAUCGAAAUGUUUGGCACAUUUAACCGUCCACAAUUCUCGACAUAUUUUAUAGUCCAUAUGAAAUAAAAAUGUCUUCUUCGUGUUAUUACAAUAAAGCUUAUAUUGAUAAUA